AUGGCGCAACCUCCGCAAGCCACUGAUGCUUCACGCGCGAGUCCAAGUUUGACCAGCCAAAAUGCCGCCGCUGGAGUUAAGAGGAAGAGAACAGCGGAGCGCAAGUUCUACGCCGUGAGGCAAGGGAAGACACCUGGAAUCUAUGACACAUGGACGGAGUGUUUGGGACAAGUGAAGGGACACAAGGGGGCUGUGUUCAAGGCCUUUCAAUCUCUCCAUGAGGCCCAAGCUUUCAUGGACGGCAAAAUGCUCUCAACCGCCAAAGACUCGGGAGAGCAAAAGUUCUACGCCGUCCAGAGUGGAAGAGUCCCAGGGGUCUACACCGACUGGAUACAAGCCCAGGCUCAGAUCCGGGGGAUCAAAAAACCCAAGCACAAGAAGUUCAAUACCCGAGCAGAGGCAGAAGCGUUUGUGGCAGCUGGUGCCAAAGCUAACGGUGCCGAACCUGGGCACAGCGUUACCUCAGAGGAGGAGAUCCGCCGCUUGAUAAUCCGCAAUUCGGCGCCAGGGUUGCAGGUUAACGGAACAUAUUCUCCGAAAGACAAGGAAGGGAACCCUUACCCGGUCGGUCGGGGGCCUCUGCCACCGGGCGCUGAGGAUGGAUAUGAUCCAAAUGUCAAGCUGGCCCAGGACGGCACCAUUGUCAAUCGAACUGAAGAAGAGAAGAACAAGACCAAAAUGAUGACCAGGCAGAAAGACUCCCCAGGAAUGCUUCGCAUCUACACGGACGGCUCGAGUCUGAAAAAUGGUCAAGCAGGUGCACGGGCAGGCGUAGGAGUAUUUUUUGGACCCCAGGACCCAAAGUAUGCCAACUCCUCAUGCUCCAAAUCCCAAGCCAAGCCAAAGUCCAAGUCCAAGUCCAAACCCAAACCCGUGCGUUACACCGCGUCCAAAAAGCCACAGCUUGUUUAUACCAUGGACUGGGCAGCCCGCGAGCGCGGCUCGGGCGAUGGACCAGCCCAGAAACGGCAGCAGGCAGGCGAAGAGGACGACGAUGAAGCCGAACAAGAAAAAGAAAGGCUAACGAAUUGGCGUUAUAGAAAUGUUUCCGAGGCACUGAAAGGCAGCAAACAGACCAAUCAACGGGCCGAGCUGACUGCCAUCUUACGAGCAUUGGACAUUGCGCCCCGGCACCGAGAAGUCACCAUCUACACAGACAGCAAGUAUUCCAUUGAAUGUGUGACGAACUGGUACCGCAAUUGGAAGAAGAACGGCUGGGUCAAUGCCAAGGGGAAGCCUGUAGAGAACAAGGACCUAGUGAUGGAUAUCCGAGAGAAAAUCGAAGAGCGAGAGCAACUUGGCAAGGUCACGUACUUUGUAUGGGUCAAGGGCCACAUGGACAACCCGGGUAAUAUUGCUGCCGACCGUCUAGCUGUGCAGGGGGCGAUGGCCGCGAAAGGGCUUCCUGAUGGAAGAGAUGAGGAAGAAAUGAGAGGAAGCGCUGCGGUGGGCAAGGAUGAGCAGGAAGAGGAGGAAGAGGCCGCGAUAUUCCAAAUGAUGGAGUCUGCUAUGGAGGACGAGCUCGAUGCCCGGUUCGAGUGA